AUUGACACACCUUUCCGCAAUUGAUUCUUCACUAGGAUCAAGAGGAGUGUAUGCCAUGGCUUCUAGAUAUAGAGUUGAGUACGCACUGAAGGAGCACCGUAGGGAUGGCUUCAUCGAGUGGAUCAAAGGCUUGUUGGCUGUUCCCUUCGUGCUGCACGCAGUGCAGAGUGAUUCCCACGAGAUCAACGACAUCAAGACGACGAGCGACGCCAGAAGACGCUAUGCUGAGAUCUUCUUCGACGUUGAGAAGCUCAUUGAGGACCAGAUUCUUAUGCAGAACCAGGGAAACCCUGGUGCUGGCCGUCUGAAGCAGCUUGUUCCGUCCAUCUCGAGCUUCUUCACCAAAUUACCCUUGGAGAAGGCUUUCUAUAUAGAGGAUGACCGAAGAUCGAUCUCUGUUCGUCGCCUUGUUUGUCCAAGCUUCAACGACAUCAGGCUUAUCCUCAACACUGCACAGGCACUUGCACUGGCACAGGCCAGAGACCCACUUCAGCUCGUCACGUUUGACGGUGACGUUACACUCUACGAAGAUGGCCAUAGCCUAGUGCCAGAUGCACAGGUCAUUCCACGGCUAUUGGCGUUGCUGAAGAAGGAUCUCUACGUUGGUGUUGUAACUGCAGCUGGUUAUAACGAACAUAGUGGUGAUAAGUACUACCAGAGACUCAAGGGUCUUGUCGAUGCCAUCAGGGACUCUGACAACCUAACAGAUGAGCAGAAGGAGAGGUUCACUGUGAUGGGUGGAGAGUCCAAUUACCUGUUCAGAUACAGUGUCUCUAAGAAGGGCCUGAACUGGAUUGAGCCGGAGGAGUGGUUGCUGGAGGAGAUGGCCAAUUGGAACGAAACUGACAUCUUGAACGUCCUUGACUUAGCCGAACAGCUCCUCAACGAGCUCAUCAAGAGGCUAUGCCUCCCAGCAACGGUUGUGAGAAAGUACAGAGGCGUCGGCCUAGUACCAAACCCUGGCUGUAAGCUGACUCGUGAACAGCUCGAAGAGACUGUUCUUGUUACAAGAAGAAGACUGGAGUCCAGCUCAUCCGCACAGAGAAUCAAAUUCUGUGCCUUUGAUGGAGGCUCUGAUGUCUGGGUCGACAUAGCAUCGAAGGACCUUGGUGUGGCUUCCUUGCAACGCUACUUUGGAGGCAUCUCACCAAAGAGAACACUACACAUUGGUGAUCAGUUUGCAUCUGUAGGAUCCAAUGACUUCAAGGCAAGGCUAUCGGGCUGUACCGUCUGGAUCGCAAACCCGGAGGAGACCGUGACGAUCCUGGACGAUCUCAUGAGGUACAUUGACAUGGAGGAGGCGUUCCGUUGAUGUUCAAGCCAUCAAUUGGCGUAUAUAACCGUUCUGAAUUGAUCCAUACAGGCCUCAAAUGCACGCCCAAACCCUGGCAUUUCCGCAUUGGGAAGUCUACCCACGCUCUUAUCAGCGCGGUGUUUUGUGUCAACCUCCGGAAGGCGUCGCUGUGCCAACCGUUGCGAUGGCACCCAACCUCCCCCCUGGAAGUUAAACAAUACACGCUCUUUUCCCC